AUGUUUAUGGAGGAGUUUUGUGGGAUGGAAGAUUGGGGCUUGCAGGCUGUAGUUAGAGGAUUUAGUGGUGAUUUUACCAAUAUUAUCAAUACAGGUGUUGAUGAUCAAAAUUCCUUUUUUGGGAUCGAUCAGAAAUUUGAUCAUGGGUUCAUUUUCGAUUUUCCUGAAAUUUUUAAUUUUUCCGGUGAUGAACUAGAAGAGCUUUACAAGCCGUUUUAUCCAGCCGUGACAAGUUCUGUUCCUGCCGAGACUGUUGUUGAAUUUAAAGAAGAAACUCCGGCAAAUGUUGUUCAAGAAAAGCAGACUGAUUAUAAUCCUUCUGAGACAAGUGAUUCUACUAGUAUGGCUGCUGCUUAUACACCAAAAUACAAGAGAAGGAAGAAUCAGCAUAAAAGAGUUGUGGUUCAAGUUUCUGCUGAGGGCCUCACUUCUGAUAUUUGGGCUUGGCGCAAAUAUGGCCAGAAACCUAUCAAGGGUUCCCCCCAUCCGAGAAGCUACUAUAGAUGUAGCAGCUCAAAAGGAUGCUUGGCAAGAAAACAAGUUGAGCAAAGCUAUACUGAUCCAGGCAUGUUUAUCAUAACAUACACUGCAGAACAUAGCCACAGCAAGCCUACACGAAGAAAUUCUUUAGCCGGUACCAUCCGUCAGAAAUUUCCAGCAUCAAAAAGCUCAACUUAUAGAACCAAUAUCAAGCAGGAAAGAGCUGUGGAUUCCAUUUCUGGUUCUAGAAUUUCUGCUCCAGAAACCGUUCUGCCUUCACCAGUGGAUGAAGAUUUUUUUCAAGUACAAAGCAAUCAAGACGGUAAAGAAGGUGAAGAGUUGAUAUUUGGUGAUGAUUUCUUCUCCGGGUUAGAAGAGUUUGAUGGAUAUAAUUUAGAGAUAUUGCCUAUCAGCUGCCAUAGUUCAGCACAACAAUUUCCUUUGAGUUCUUGCUAA